AUUUUUCUCAUUUAAAGAACCUAACUGGCCACCUGCCUGACGUUAGUCGCUUUAACAUUGGCUAUAGUAAACACACAUCAUGGCAGUGCUGCAGACGAUGGGGUAUUUUACAAGAUAUUUCCGACAAACAUUAACUUUUUUACGGACAAGAUCCCAGAGCAGUUUAUCAACAGUAGGGGCUACUGGGAGAUGGCAGAUAGUGGGAGCUGCUUGCAUCACCCGUCAACCGGUUGUCUGUCCACCAUUGACUCCAAUAGAACAGCAAUAUUCUGAGAUGCUUGCUACUGUUGAGAAAAAUCUCUCUCUUAAGAGUGAUCAUGAGCUUCGUCAUGAACAGGACUUAAUAAGAACACAGUUCUUGAAAUCUGGUGAUGCAGAGGAUAUAGACCUUGAAGAUGCAGCAAAACAAACAGCUGUAGAAUUUGCAGAUGCAUGUGAGGAGGAGCUGAGGACAUUUAAAGCUAGUCUCCCAGAACCUGGAACUGAUGACACCAACGAUCUAAGCAGUCUCAGUCGUUCCCUGGAGAGGUCACUGGUGCUUGUGGUGAAACAGAAAUUAGGAACCAACCAUGAAUGGGUCCUGCCCCAAACACCUUGGGUGCCAGGAGAGACUUUAAGACAGACAUGUGAACGUGUUGUUCGAGAGUCAUGUGGAGAUGACCUCCAAGUAAAGUUCCUCGGUAAUGCUCCUUGUGGGUUUUACAAGUACAAAUAUCCAAAGAAUGUUCAUCAAGAGGAAUUCAUUGGUGCCAAGGUGUUUUUCUUCAAGGGUCAAGUGCGAGAUACAAGUGGAUCAGUACAACUUGGCGAGGAUAUCGCUGAACAUCAGUGGUUGACGCAGGAUGAGUUGGAUGACAAGUUCAAACAAUCUUAUGCAAAAUCUGUCUCUCAGUUUUUAGUGUCAGAUCAAUAGAUGUCCAUUUUUAUGUUUAGGCGCUCUUUUAUUUUUCAUUAUGUCUCAGAACUGCAAAAUAGAUCACAGCAUCUGGUUAUACAGUUCCAUCUCAUGGUCUGAUAUAUUUGUUACUUAUUUGUAAAUACAUAAAUAAUUUUAUAAAUAAUGUUAUUGUGAAUUAA